AGGACGCUCGACCCUCCUCCUUGACCUUUUCCCCAGCUGCUUGACUCCCGAACCAUCCCUAAUCUGUCCGGCAAUCAUGGACUCGUCGUCCUCGAGGAUCCCGCGCCCGCCUUCGGCCAUCCCGCGCCCCUCCAGUCUUCCGCGGCCCUCCAAGCUUCCCCAGCCAAAACUUUCGGCCAUUCCCACCCCGCCAAAGCCGCGCAGCAAGCCCUCUAUCCCCGCACCGUCGGGCAUCCGCCCACCUAGUCGCAUAACCUCGCCCGCCAAGGAAACCUAUGGCUUCAAGAAGCCGCUACCGCGCCCUGAGUCCCGCCAGGCCCGCUCUCGCAUCGUUCGCCCCGUCAAUGGCAACUUAACCGUGAACGCCGAGACCGAAGAUGACACGCUGGGCGAUCUGGAUGGCUUCCGCGUCUCUUCCAUGUCCAGGCAGGGCUUCAGGGACGACGAGUCGGAUUUUGGCGUCGAUGACGACGAUGUCCUUUCCCAACAUAGUGGCACCAAGUCGCGCAAGUUCUCCCAGUCGUCGCUAUCCGAACGCGCAGUUGAAAGCCUGUCGCAUAUCCUUCCAACUUCGCCAAGCGGCUCGCGCUCAUCCAGCUUCUUUGGCGGCCCUGCGAGCCCUAGAGGGCCUUCGAGACCUGCCUCUGCUAUGAGCAGAUCACGGCCUGAUUCUCGGAACAGUACGAGGCCCCCAUCGCGUACGGGAAUGUACAGAAGUGCAUCGCAGCGACCAACAACGCCUACCAUGGGCCCGCCUAGCAGCGGAUAUGGCCAGACUCGAGCGGCUAGUGCAGCGCGUCCGGCUAGCCGCACUUCCUUCGUAGGGAAAAACUUGGCACCCACACCACAGAGGAGUGCGAGUGCUGCGCCUCGGUCUCCUGCUGAAUUUUCCCGCAGUGAGUCGAGCGCAUCGCCCACGGAGGAUCAAGAGCCCCAAGAAGAACUCCUUAAGAGCCCGUCUAGCAGGCUCUCGAAGAUGCCGCAGGACGGAAGCGACGAUGCAACGAUGAGGAAAAUACCAAAAACCCGGCCGGUCCUGGAUAGCGCCUUUGGGGAACAAACUGCCGGAGAGACUGGAACCAUGAAGAGAGCUUUGACUAGUGUAAAGAGGCCCAAGGCAGCUGCAGCGGCGCCUGCCGAUGACCAAACGUCCAAGGCGCCCAGUUCUUCGUCUGCACUACGGGAGCAGAUCGCCAAGGCAAAGGCGGCGCGCAAGAAGGCUGCCACGAACAAGCAAGCUGAACCGAGGAAUGAUAUUCCAAUUGGAGAUGCCGCGUUGGAAUCAUAUGAGGAGGAUCCUUUCAAUCAAAUGCCGAAGGGAGGUGAAGCUGUCAUCAAAAACCGGGUGGCUACGGCACGAUCAGAGGGCCGUCUAAACCUUGCAAAUAUGGGCUUGACAGAAAUACCCCAACAGGUAAUGACGAUGUAUGAGUACGAUCCUAAUAACUCGGUUUCCACUUGGGCCGAAACAGUUGAUCUGACUCGGUUUAUUGCUGCCGACAAUGAGAUCGAGAGGCUUCCGGAUGACCUUUUCCCGGAUGUUGAUCCAUUGGAAGCAUCCGAGGACUUUGAUGCUAGUCCGAACCAAUUUGGCGGUGUUGAGAUGCUAGACCUUCAUGGUAAUAUUCUGAAACAGCUGCCCAUUGGGAUGAGACGACUUGAAAACCUAUCUGUCCUAAACUUGACACGCAACCAGCUCGACAACAGUUCGCUAGAAGUAAUUUCGCAAAUAUCCGGUCUACGUGAGCUAAAGCUAGCCGACAACGAAUUCGAAGGUCCCUUCCCGGAUACCAUUGGGCUCUUGGAGAACUUGGAAGUCUUGGAGUUACAGGGCAACAAGAUCAAUCACUUGCCUUACGAUUUACGGUUGCUCUCCAAUCUCCGCGUUCUCAACGUGGCCAAAAACCAGCUUUCUUCCUUGCCGAUGGAUGUCCUGCAUUUAAUGCCCUUGGUGGAACUAGUCGCAUCUAAAAACGCGCUCCGCGGCACGCUCUUCCCCGCCACCGUCUCGAAAAUGCCACGACUGCAAAUUCUCGAUGUUUCUGGGAAUGCACUCACUGCGUUGAGCGACAACAGAAUAGCUCUGCCGGAGUUGAGGACUCUAAAUGUCGCCAUCAACCGAUUGGAGCAUUUGCCAGACAUGACUGAGUGGGCACGGCUCAUGACAUUUCUUGCUGAGGAAAACAAGCUCUCUGAAUUUCCGCAGGGAUUCAAGACACUGGGAACUCUUAGGCGCGCCAAUUUGAGUGGCAAUAACAUUGUCAAGAUCGAACCGGAGGUUGGCUUAAUGGAAAGGCUUGAGGUGCUCAACCUGGCCGCGAAUCCACUGAGCGAGCGGAAGUUCUUGACGAUGGGUACUGGAGACUUAAAGUUUAUUCUCAAGUCACGCAUCGCCCCAGCAGGCCAUGAUGAUGGAGUCACAUCCCCAGGAUCUGUCAGAGAGGAUGAAACGAAUGGUGCCAUCCAAAAGGGAAGUACCUGGACACUCAGAGGCUCUGGAAUUCUUGAUCUGUCAUCGAAAGGGCUCACUGAAUUGGAUGGAGGAAAUCUCGCCGAAGUCGCCGAUAAGACCCGCCAGCUGGUUCUGCAUCACAACAAGUUCACGUCCAUACCCGCAACAGUGUCGCUAGCCAGUGGUAUUACGAUGCUCGACCUAUCACAUAACUGCCUAAGUACGGCCUUUGCCGGAUCCAUUGAGCUCCCCUCCUUGCGCGAGUUGCGCCUCUUGGGCAACGGCAUCAUCUCCUUCGACAGCCUGGUUUCCUAUCUUAUUGCUCCACGCUUGCAACACCUCGACUUGACCGCUAACCGUCUUUCCGGUGCGCUUCCUACACUAUUAUCCUUCUAUCCGGAGCUCGCAACACUUCUCGUCUCCGACAACUCUAUUGAAGAAAUCUCAGCCGAGGCAUUGAGUGGCCUGAAGGCCGUCAAUCUCAGCAACAACAGCAUCGGCCGCGUGCCGCCGGAGAUUGGCCUGCUGUGGGACCAGGGAUUACGAAGUCUGGAGCUUGAAGGCAACACGUUCCGCAUCCCGAACUAUACAAUUCUGCGGAAAGGCACAGAAGAGGUCAUGAGGUGGCUGAGAGACAAGGUCCCGCGAGAGUUGCCCGAGGAGGAGGAUGAGACGUUUUAGGUUAUGGGCGCUGGUACUUUUUCUCGCAUGGUUUAGAUAUGGGCGGAGCCCUGGUAUGCUUGGAUGGAUGACACUGAGGGGGACGCAUUUGCAUUGGGCGGAGUUCGUUAGGUUGGAUCAUGUGUAGUGGGUUAAGGGGCGGAUACACCCCUUCCCAAGGGAUGUUGUCGAUAUUCCCAUUCUGGAUAAUGCUGGCCAGGAACACUGUUUCGUGCCUGGCAAGUUGGAAACUUUUCUGGUUUCUCGUCACCGGUCAUAUAAUAGCUGUAAGGCAAUAGUACACACAAAGGGGAAAAUCCCUUGUGAUUAUUCCGUUGGGAUAUGCUAAUGGGGGG